UCACCAUGAGGUAUAUAAGGUCUCGGAAUUCAGCAGCGAUGUUAAUGGGGAAGCCAAAGAGACACAACCCAUUUUUUUAGGAGGCGAAAGCAUGGAAAUUAAAAAACAGAUUACGGGAAUGAGAAGAUUAUUGAAUGACAGCGCCGGGAGGAUAUAUCAGCGCGUCGGCAAGGAAGGAGAAAAACUAAAAGAAGAACCCCAGGAUUUGGACCCCAUGUGGCCUCAGCGUUUGAACUCCUCUGCUGAGGCCCCGCAGAGCCUCCCCGCUUCCUCCCGGGGCGCCUGGAGCGAGUUCCCACCCCAGAGCGGGCAGUUCGCAGGGCAGACUGGCCCCCGCUCCAGAACCUUCCAGAGCCAGCCCCACACCGCUGGGAGCUCCAAUGGAGAACUUCCAGUGGUGAAUUCAUCAGCUGGAUCAAACUGCUGUACUUGUAACUGCCAGUCAACGUUGCAGGCCAUCCUCCAAGAACUCAAGACCAUGCGGAAAUUAAUGCAAAUUCAAGCAGUUGGAACCCAAAACAGACAACAACCCCCAAUUUCCCUUAUAUGCUCCCAGCGAACUGCUGUCUCCCGCAAGAGAAAUAAAAAGAAAAAAGUGCCCCCAAAGACCGUUGAACCUCUUACUGUGAAACAGAAGCCCGGGGUGUCAGAGACCGAGAGGAAGUCGGCAGUGGCCUCCGAGCAGCCGGCCCUCCAGGCAGCCGAGUGCACCGCCCCUGGGGAGAACCGCGGCCUCGGAUUCGGCAUUGUUCUCGAAUCACCUUCCUCAGAUCCAGAAGUGCAACUUGCUGAAGGCUUUGAUGUGUUUAUGCCUAAAUCUCAGCUGGACUCUAUAUUGUCAAACUACACUCGCUCAGGAAGCCUUCUGUUUAGAAAACUGGUGUGUGCAUUUUUUGAUGACAAGACUUUGGCUAACUCCUUACCCAAUGGGAAGAGGAAAAGAGGACUCAAUGACAACCGGAAAGGACUAGACCAAAAUAUUGUGGGUGCAAUAAAAGUCUUCACAGAAAAGUACUGUACUGCUAACCAUGUGGAUAAACUUCCUGGCCCAAGAGACUGGGUACAGAUUCUGCAGGAUCAAAUUAAACUGGCCAGAAGAAGGUUAAAAAGAGGCUCAGAGGUAGCUGACGGUGAUGAAAGACUGGACGGCAUUUCUCUACCACCAACAGGUAAUAUAUUUGACACCAGGAGAGAAAACACGGAAGACACAGAGCCAGAUUUCACUGCCUAGACUUUCACUUAGUGACAAUGUUCAUUUGCACACGCACCUCUUCUGUCUGAAUUUCCUCAAAGACUGGCGUUAGCAUUCCAGGUUACUGCAAAGUAUGGGUGUUCUGUGAAGUUUACCCGUCCUGUUUGAACAGUUUUCAUAUACUACCUUUGUAAUCUGUGAUGAUCAAGCCUCCAAUUUGGUGUAAGAUUUUUUUAAAUCAUUUUUAGAGUUGAUUUAUCACCUUUUAAGUCCAACGUCUGAUCCAGUGAGUCCAUUCUCCAUUAAAAAGAAGCCGCUCUC